CUGCCUUGUGGGCGGGGCCCCGGCUGACCAGCCGCCGGCUGCGUUCGUCCGCGCUGUUCCACCCUUCCGGCCUUGCGUUCCAGCCACCGCUUCCACCUUACACCCCGCACCGGCUAUCGGCGUGACGGUCGCCUUGUUUCUGCGUCUCGUGGCCCCUGCGGCGCCCGAGCCUGCAAUGUCGGGCCCCAACGGGGACCUGGGCAUGCCGGUGGAGGCGGACGUGGAAGGCGAGGAUGACGGCUUCGGGGAAGCAGAAUAUGCUGCCAUCAACUCCAUGUUGGACCAGAUCAACUCCUGUCUGGACCACCUGGAAGAGAAGAAUGACCACCUCCACGCCCGCCUCCAGGAGCUGCUUGAGUCCAACCGGCAGACGCGCCUGGAGUUCCAGCAGCAGCUGGGGGAGGCCCCCAGUGACGCCAGCCCCUAGGCUACAGGAGCCCCGAACCAAGCCCCAACCCUGCCUCCCCAGGCUGGGCUCUGGGCUGGACGCACACCACCUGACUUAGACACCUUCUCAAGGGCUGGCCUACAGGUCCCCCAGUGGCUCCGCCUGCCCGAGCCACUCUUCAGGGACUCCCCUUGGCGUGUGUGGGCCAACCCCCACCACCCAGCCUCCCCGCCUGGGGCCAGGUGUGGGCCUGCAACCCCUGGCCUGCCCGCCCAGUUCCUGGGCGCUCUCCAUUCGCCCAGGCCUUCCAUGUCCUCAUUAAACGGGUCUCCAAUACC